UAUCUCUCCGUCUCAGCUUUGUCUCGGUCUCUCUCUCGAGUGUUGUGUGUUGUGAGAGAGAUUUGAGACACAACUGAUUUAGAUUUACAACCCCAAAAAAAAAAAAAUACAAGAAAAAAAAAAUAAAUCAAAAUUUUGCGAUAGUUGAAAUCGAAAAGGGUGGGGAUACAAUACAAGUUCCCGCCAUGGUGGCUCAGCAGCUCCAAGAGAGAUGCGAAGAAGAAGAAGAAGAUCCAGUUGAGACCACCAAGUCUUUGAUCUGUGCUCUCAAUUACAUCUCUCGUGACCUUCCUUUGCCUCCUCACCUCUUCGCUUCCGUUUCUUCAAUCUACCAUGGCCCCUCCUCCUCCUCCUCCUCGUCUUCUCUCUCUCACUCCGAUGUCUCUCCGCCGUUGCCUACUUCUCCACCUGGGAAUAAUAAUUUGACUCCCUAUGGAGGUGAUUUGAUGGGGGAGUUUGAGGAUGCUCUUUUGAAGCAGAGACCAAACAACUCUGAAGCAGGCUCUCGAUUGAGAGAUUUAUUGGAUAAUCGGAAUAAGUGUCAUAUCCAACGCCGCUUAUCUGAACUUGAAGAAUUACCUUCCACUAGAGGUGAAGACUUGCAGGCAAAAUGCUUACUUGAGCUUUAUGGGCUUAAGCUACGAGAAUUGCAAACCAAAGUUCGAACCAAGGUGAGCUCGGAGUUCUGGCUACGUCUGAACUGUGCUGAUGUCAGUAGCCAACUAUUUGACUGGGGCAUGAUGCGGUUGCCUCGUCCUUUUUAUGGGGUUGGAGAUCCUUUUGCUAUGGAAGCUGAUGAUCAGUUCAGAAAGAAGCGUGAUGCUGAGAGGUUAUUACGUUUAGAAGAAGAGGAGAAGAAUCUGAUUGAAACCUCCAAGAGAAAAUUCUUCGCAGAAGUACUUAAUGCUGUUCGUGAAUUCCAGUUGCAAAUUCAGGCGACUCAAAAACGUCGUAGGCAAAGGAAUGAUGGUGUGCAGGCGUGGCAUGGGAGACAAAGACAACGAGCUACCCGCGCUGAAAAGUUGAGGCUCAUGGCCCUUAAAUCUGAUGAUCAAGAGGCGUACAUGAAACUAGUAAAGGAGAGUAAAAAUGAAAGACUAACUACUCUUCUAGAGGAGACUAACAAACUCCUUGCUAAUUUGGGAGCUGCUGUUCAACGUCAGAAAGAUGCUAAACUUCCGGAAGGCAUUGAUCUACUGAAAGACUCAGAAUCUGACUUGUCUGAACUUGAUGCUCCAAGAAGUGAACCAUUGCAGGAUCUGCUUCCUGAUCAGGAUAUUGAUAUAACUGAGUCUGACAAUAACGACGACUCUAAUGAUUUACUAGAAGGACAGAGGCAGUAUAACUCCGCUAUCCACUCAAUACAAGAGAAGGUGACGGAGCAACCCUCCCUUCUAGAAGGUGGGGAACUACGAUCCUACCAAAUAGAAGGGCUCCAAUGGAUGGUUUCUCUAUUCAACAAUAACCUGAAUGGGAUUUUAGCUGAUGAGAUGGGUUUGGGAAAAACGAUUCAAACAAUUUCUUUGAUUGCGUAUCUUCUGGAGAAUAAAGGUGUGCCUGGGCCGUAUCUGAUAGUGGCUCCAAAAGCUGUGCUACCAAACUGGGUAAACGAGUUUGCAACAUGGGUACCAAGCAUCGCCGCUUUUCUUUAUGAUGGGCGUUUAGAGGAAAGAAAAGCAAUAAGGGAAAAAAUUGCAGGAGAAGGAAAAUUUAACGUAUUGAUAACCCAUUAUGAUCUUAUCAUGAGAGAUAAAGCAUUUUUGAAGAAAAUUGAGUGGUACUACAUGAUUGUUGAUGAAGGACAUCGGCUGAAGAACCAUGAAUCUGCUCUUGCAAAGACUCUGUUAACAGGCUAUCGUAUAAAACGAAGACUUCUGUUAACUGGGACACCCAUACAGAAUAGCCUUCAAGAACUCUGGUCAUUGCUAAAUUUUCUCCUUCCUCAUAUCUUUAACUCGGUUCAGAACUUCGAGGAAUGGUUUAAUGCUCCUUUUGCUGACCGUGCUAAUGUCAGUCUUACUGAUGAAGAGGAGCUCUUGAUUAUCCACCGUCUGCAUCAUGUUAUAAGGCCGUUUAUACUGAGAAGGAAAAAGGACGAAGUAGAGAAAUUCCUUCCUGGAAAGACACAGGUCAUAUUGAAGUGUGAUAUGUCGGCGUGGCAGAAAGUGUAUUACAAACAAGUUACAGACAUGGGCAGGGUUGGCCUUCAAACAGAUCAAAGAGGGCUUUUACUGAAGCAAUUCAACGAGCCAGACUCUCCAUACUUCAUGUUUCUUUUGAGCACGCGUGCUGGAGGUCUAGGUUUGAACUUGCAAACUGCAGACACUGUUAUUAUUUUUGACAGUGAUUGGAACCCACAAAUGGACCAACAGGCUGAGGAUCGAGCCCAUCGCAUAGGGCAAAAGAAAGAAGUCAGAGUGUUUGUUUUGGUUAGCGUUGGCUCUGUUGAGGAAGUAAUAUUGGAGCGUGCAAAACAAAAGAUGGGCAUUGAUGCCAAAGUCAUACAAGCUGGACUUUUUAACACAACUUCCACUGCACAAGACAGAAGAGAGAUGCUUGAAGAGAUCAUGCGCAAAGGAACAAGCUCGCUCGGGACAGAUGUCCCCAGUGAGAGAGAAAUAAACCGGCUCGCGGCUCGUAGUGAGGAUGAAUUUUGGAUGUUUGAGCGAAUGGAUGAAGAGAGGCGAAGGAAGGAGAACUACAGAGCCCGUCUGAUGCAAGAGCAGGAAGUCCCUGAGUGGGCGUACACUACUCAGAGCAAAGAUGACAAGCUGAACAGCUCAAAAUUCCAUUUUGGGAGUGUCACAGGUAAGCGAAAACGUAAAGAGAUCGUUUAUAGCGACACACUAAGCGAGUCACAGUGGCUGAAAGCCGUGGAGAGUGGUGAAGACCUGUCAAAACUCACCAGGAAACAUAGGAGAGGUGAGAAGGCAAGCAACACAAAGACACCAACGAGUAAAAAGGCAAUAGAAUCUAUCCCAAUAGUGAGUGAUGGAACGAGCGAGGAGGAGAACGAAGAGGAAGACGAAGAAGAAAUACCACAGGAGAUGAGUGGAAAACAGAGAGUGGAGAAGUCUGAAGAAGAAGAAGAAGAAGAAGACGAAGGUGAAGAAGAGAAUGAUGGAAAGGCAAUAUUCAAGUGGAAUACUUAUAAGAAGAAAAGGUCAAGAUACUCUUUUACGUGCUCUUCGUCUGACUCUAGAGCUCAAAGUUCUAAUGGAAGUAGACGAAAGUGAAGAAGGUGAGGUGAGAUCUGAGUUGAGUUUGGUCUCUUCUUCAGUCUUCUACGUGUCUGUGUGUUUGUAGAAGUAUUUAGAUGUUCUUCUUCCCAAUGUAACUUAUGUCAAUCUAACAUGUAAUACAUUUAUCUUAAGUGGUCUCGUUUUAAGUUCUGUAUUUUCUCAAAGUAUUACUAAGUUAUGUUUCUUCUGUAGAACAAUUAUUUGAAAUUGAAAACCCUUUUCAUAAA